GCAGGAUACUGGCCAAGAGUUCCGGGCCUGCUACAUACUGAGACUGUCUUAAAACAAAACAAAACAAAACAAAACAAACAAAACUCUCUGUCUGCAACAAAGAAACAUAAAGUAACGCUACUGAGGAUUCCUGAGUGACAUCUGAUACAACUCGGCAGCGCUGACAAGAGGACUCAGCUGGAAAAGAUGGUUUCAGCCAAGGCUGACCCGACUGAUGGCCUGUGAUCAAUCACAGGGUCACACAUGGAGGGAAAACAGAUUCCCAUAAGUUUUCCCCUGACCUCUGCACGGACACUGUAACACAUGCAAAUUCACUCACACACACACACUUUUGCACAUGUGCCUUCACGUGCAAAAUGGCACGCACAGGCGGGAGGGUAUCUUUAAGCAAUAAAAUAUCUGAGCCUCUGAGACUGCUCGGUUGAUAAACUUGCUGCCAAGCCUAAAGAACUCGGUUCAAUCCCCGGACAGAACUGUCUCCUCCAGGUUGUCCUCUGACUGCAUUGACAGCACUCAAAAUAUAAUAAACGUAGAGGAGGCCGGGGCGAGGCUCAGAGCUCAGGAGGCCCUGUGGGCUGCCCCAGCAGCCUUCCCCGCGGCUGUCUACAGAGUUCCUCUCUCGAUGGCUUCCCCAGGAAGCCCAUACCGAGUAGGAAACGGAAGUGAAGCCUUCACGCUUGCCCCACCCACUGUGGGUAGCUAAAUCCACGCCGGGUCACUGGCUCUACUGCCAUCUGGAGACAGCAGGGCCUCUGCUUGAAGCUCAGAACAGACAGACAGACUUCAGCUGAAUUACCAUCAGGCCCAGCCUGGGCCUCGCCAGUCACAAGUCUCUGGACCUGUUUGAUGAGUGAAUGAGUGGACCUUUGGUGGCUGACGGAGAGACCGGGGCUCUCUGGACUCUGGGGUCCAGACUGAUGGCUGAUGAUGUCAGCGACUAACAACGUCGCCCAGGCUCGGAAGCUGGUGGAGCAGCUGCGCAUCGAAGCUGGGAUCGAACGCAUGAAGGUUUCCAAAGCCUCAUCAGAGCUGAUGAGCUACUGUGAGCAGCACGCCAGGAACGAUCCCCUGCUGGUCGGUGUGCCAGCCUCUGAGAAUCCAUUCAAGGACAAAAAGCCUUGCAUAAUUCUCUAGCAGGCUCGCUCUCUCUCUCUCUCUCUCUCUCUCUCUCUCUCUCUCUCUCUCUCUCUCUCUCUCUCUCUCAUCUCCCCACCCUCCCCCUCUUGUCCAACUUUUACUGUGAGAAAAUACCUGAUUUCCUCUCACUCUGCAUCUAAAGGAACAGGAACCAUUGUGAAAGCAGAUCCUAUGGAUGAAGGUGGAGUUUGUGUCCCCGACCCCACCGUGGGCCUCUGACUGCCAAUAUAUUAGCCCCCCCCUCCUGUCAAGAAUCACUGGGGACCUGAGAGAUGUAACUGUCUUUAAAGCUGCCUUAUUUGGCUCAGCGGGUGAGGUGCAUACCUUGCAAUCAUGAGGACCUGAGUUCUGCCCCCACAUAAAAAGCCCCGGUGCAUGUCUGUACCCCAGAACUCGAGAGGCCAGAGGAGGGAUCCCUAAGGCUUGAGGGACAGCCAGCCUAGCCGUCUCUGAACUCCAGUGAGGGUCCCUGCCUCAGAGCUGGAGGAAAAGAGCUGGCAUCGACCUGUGCCGCCACCCCCGACACACACAAUGCGCCUCGUGCUGCCCCUGCCCCUCCCGGGUGUGGCCCUGUCAUGCACACAGUGAUGCCCUUUCUCUGGGACACGGCCCAUUUCAGAAACAGACAUCCAGGUCUCCGCACAGAGCGAGCAGUUGCUGGUAUGGCCGCAUGUGUGAUUUUGUCUCCUAUUUGGUCACUGGCGGCUCCCCGUUUCCUCCCCGUUUCCCCAGUUACCAAGGUUGUGUGACAGCAGCGAUGCAGGUUUGAUUAUCUUGAAGUGAUUGAGAAAGAGUCACAGAGAUGCUGUCCUGCAUCCUACAUGAUGAUGGUGACCGUGAUUCCGGAUCUCCCUUACCCCUCCCUGGAUCAAAUCAAAUCACUGCCCAAGUCGCUGGACCACAGGCCCUCAGUGUGAGGACCGCAGACCAGCUCUCCACUGCAUCUGUACUGAAAGAUUCCAGGCACCUAUACCACACCCCACCCAUUUACUGCAGGGAUUCUAGGCGGGGCUCCACUCCAGACCACACCCCUGACCCCUCACUGGGGGAUUUUAGGCAGGGGCUCCACCCUGACCACGCCCACAGCCCCUCACUGGGGAAUUCUAGGCAGGGGCUCCACCCCUGAGCCGGGGCCUCCACUCUUCCUAGUUUGUGAGAAGAGCAUGUUGUCCAGGCUGGCCCGGAACUGGAGAUCUUCCUGCCUCUGCCUCCAGAGUACCUGCAUGACAGGCCUCUGCUUCCCUGCCUGGCCUAGGGCUGGGUUUGAAGACAACCCGGCCUCUGAGCUUUACAGUGACAGCGGCAGGCAGCAGGGGGAAGAGGCUUGGGCUGUGCCGGUGUGGGCUGCAGCCACAUCUCACAGGCACCCUGAGCAUCAGGAUGGUGGUGGAUUCAAGAGUGCCCCAGUGCCUCGAACAGCAGAAGUGAAGCCAGUCCGGUUAUGUCCCGAGGCCCUGGUGGACAUCAGCUUCCAAGAGCCUGUGCCAGGCUGGUUCCUGGACAGUUGCCCAGGUUGCCCAUGGCGAAAGUGAAUGGGGCUCACACACCCCACCUCACCGCCCGGUCCUCCAGGCACAACCUACCUCCUAGUCAAGGUAGCAGGGCCUCCAACUCAUUCUGAUAGGGCCACAUCUGCUGUGAGAAUAAGGGGAGGCAUUGCGGGUGCUAAGAGGAGCCCCUGCUCCCCCUUUCCUGGGCUGGCUCCCAGAGGACACACUAAAGGUCAGACCCCCACAUUACUGGUCAAGGAGGGUGAGGUACUUUGGGGAGCUUGACUCCCCAAACCUGUGUUGGAAUCACAAAAGCCGCUGUGUACCCCCAAAAUUACAGCCACCUUGCUUUAAGGUAGGAACUGGAGCCCCAGGGUAUGCGUAUGUACCCAGGCUCGCUGGCAAGGAGAGAGGGUAGCGUGUGCUGGGAUUGGGUGGUCCUCAGUGUUCCAGACACCCAGGGUUCCAUCCCUAGCUCACAGAAGCCAGGCAUGGGCACACUGGGGAGGUGGAGGCAGGAGGAUCAGGACUUCACCGUCAUCCUCUGCUACAUAAUGGGUUCAAGGCUAGCUUGGGCUAUAGGAGACCCUGUCUCAAAAAGAGAGAAUCCAGCGCACUCUCCCAUCAUCCCAGCCACGCGUCUCCCUCAGGUGAGGUUGCCAGCAGCAGAUGCCGUGGCGAGUCCAUGAUUAGUGACAGCACCUUCUCAUUCCUCCACCUUGGGAAAAACUCAAAUCUAUGCCCCAAAGAACCUCCAACCACCCCUCCUCAGAUGAUCCACAGGCCAAGGGCAGAGUGACCUCUUGUUCCCCAGGAAGGUGGAAUGUGCUCAGCCAGUGUUUCCAGGGUGGGUCUUCAGCCCCAGAAUAGUCCCUUGUCCUAUCCCAACCACCAGAGCCCUGCCUCAGCUUGGAGAACCCAGGCCACAACAGAGCAAUCAGGAGCAGGGCGGUGGUGGCGCAGCCUUUAGCCCCAACACUCAGGGAGGCAGAGGCACGCAGGUAUCUGAGUUUGAGGCCAGCCUGGGCUACAGAGCGAGGUCCAGGACAGCCUGUUGUAAAUAGUAAAUUCCAGGACGUUCAAUGCUAUAGAGACAUGGAAGAGGAGAGGAGAGUGAGGUCUGCCCCUGCCUGAGUGACUAAGGAGGGACUUCCAACCCCAGGAGAAGCUGCCAAACCCUCCCUUGUCCUCUCUGAGUGUCUUGGACACAAUGGCCGGACAACACGGUGUCACACAGCGCUCUCUGUCCCCUGUGCCCCACUCCAGGCUCUGGUCCCUCCCAUCUGCAUUGUGACACUGGUUGGUUUUUAUUCCUGAUUUAAAAUCUCUGUUGUGGCACACCCACUCUCUGACAGUGUUUAAUACUCGUGUGGAAUGAGGAUCACGAUGGAGUGAAUCCUCCAUAAUAAAGGCUCAGUCUUCCUCUGA